AUGCAGAGGUGGGGGCUGUGGACCAUGGCCUCCCUGACGCUUCUGUCUGCGCGGGCCUUUCCACCAACGGACAUCAAUAUCAGCCCAGCCAUUGCAGAGCUGCCCCGGGCUCCCCUCUGCCCCCUGUUCUGGAUGGAGUUCCAAGGCCACUGCUAUCGCUUCUUCCCGCUGAACAAGACCUGGGCGGAGGCCGACCUGCACUGUUCCGAGUUCUCCAUCGGCAGGAGGUCUGCCAAACUGGCCUCCAUCCACAGCUGGGAGGAGAACGUCUUUGUGUACGACCUUGUCAACAGCUGUGUUCCUGGCAUCCCAGCCGACAUCUGGACAGGCCUUCAUGAUCACAGACAGGAAGGGCAGUUUGAGUGGACCGACGGCUCAGCCUAUGACUACAGCUACUGGGAUGGGAGCCAGCCGGAUGAUGGCAUCCAUGCCAGCCCAGAAGAGGAGGACUGUGUGCAGAUGUGGUACCGGCCCACCAGCGCUCUGAGGUCCUGGAAUGACAACGCCUGCGGCCAGAGGUUCCCCUUUGUCUGCAAGAUCCCUUCUCUGAGCAUUCAUUGA